AUGGAAUUAAGACGCUCGUCCAGACGCAAACCGCUGGGUAAACCAGUGGACAAACCCACUGUCACCCCAUCGCAAGCCAAACUGGUUCCUCGCAAAGUGAAAAAGAUUCAGGGAACGCGGCCCUUGCAAAAAAAUGUCCCAGCGGCUAUACUUCGAAGGCCACCAUUUCGACCCAGUUCUGAACAAGCCGCAAGAAAAAGCAGCAACAAUUUAUUAAAACUAGUUGACUUCGAGAUCGUGCAAUCUUGCAACAAAAAGGUCUCUACCAUAGCCAAGGAUAGAAAUCAUCUCAAAGACUCCGCAUUGCACAAGUUAGCUCAACAAUUGCAUUCAUUUAUAGAGGCCGCGAAUGAGCUCAACUCGCAUGAAGUCACCAGCCACGCACAGUUGCUGGAACGUAUCAAAAAGGAGGUUGCCAACUCUGAGUCGAAAUCGUCAGCAGCACACGCUGAUCUUUUGUUUGCCAAGGUCCUGACGGACACUAAAAUCACAGAAGAACAAAGCCUCACUCUUUUGAGCAAAUGGCACGGUAUCGACAUGCAGGACGUGGCCGACAUCGCCUUUCUCCGUGAAAAACUCAAGCCGAAAGCAGAUCGCAAUGCUCGACAUCGUCUCGAAUUGCAAUGUGUAAACAAAAAGGUUAGCAAGUCGCUUCUACAGGAGCGAGAUAACUCGCUUGGGUGGCCCGAGAAAAAAAGAGGCUGCUUGCAUCCGCACCGACCGCAAAUAUUGACGAUACUUUUGCCAACGUUGCGCUUUUGUCCUGAUCAUGGGAUAAACUGUGUCUAA